GAGGCCGAGGCGUAAAUUAAGAAAGGGUCGAGGUGAAUCUGAAGCCAUGGCCUACCAACAGAAACUGGCCGAAAAACUAAUCAUCCUCAAUGAAAGAGGGAAUGGGGUUCUGAUACGUAUGAACUACAUUAAAAAGGCCGAAGCGUUGUCGUUGUGAUAACCCGUCACGUCUGUGCCAUUUCUGACAGAGCUGUGCCGACCCGAAGCAGCGGCUGUCGCUGCUGACGGACAAAGCAAUGGAGUCUGCCAUAAAGUACAUCAACAAGAAAUUCCCAAACAUCGACUUCAGAGGGAAUAUUCAAAAUCUGAUCAACAUCCAGAGGCAGAAGUCCGAGGUGAUGUCGACCAUGUCGAGCUACUACGAGUCGUUUCUGGAUGUCAUUGAGUUCAGGGAUCAUGUGUACGAGUUGCUGAACACCAUCGAUGCCUCUCAGUGCUUCUUUGAUAUCUCCAUCAACUUUGAUUUCACCAAGAACUACUUGGACCUGAUCACCACCUACUGUGCACUCAUCCUGACGCUGUGUCGCAUCGAUGACAAGAAGACCCUGGUGGGGAUGUACAACUGUGCUCACGAGAUGUCCAACGGCUGCAGUGACCCUUCCUACCCGCGACUGGGGCAGAUGUUCGUGGAGUACGAGAAUCCUUGGAAGAAGCUCAUACAGGAGUUUGGACCUCACACCAGGUCCGUGACGGCAGCGUUGCUGUCUCUGAAGAACGUCUACCCACGCAGGAACAUGCUGGCAGAGCAGUGGCGGAGCGCCCAGCUCCUCAGCCUGCUGAGUGCUCCGGCCACCAUGUUGGACCCAGCUUGCUGUGACACAGUAGCCUGUGAAUACUUACCCAUGGAGGUGAUGGAGCGAUGGAUAAUCAUUGGCUUCCUCCUGUGCCACAGCAGCCUGAGCAGCAACCAGACCUCCCAGGAGCUGUGGAAGAUGGCUCUGCGCAGCAGCUACUACAUCACCCUCACCAGAGAUGAAAUGCUGAACGCACACAAGGUCUCCGAGGACAUCUUCGACAGCAUGAAAGGAUAUGGGAAGCGAGUGGCGGAUAUUAAAGAAUGUCGUGAGCAUUUUUUAAUCAACUGUGGAGCAAUACACAGAGAGAAGAGACAUUUCUUAAGAGGAGCGAUGAAGGAGUUGUUGAAUGUUCUGGAGGACGAACCUGGACUCCUGGGACCAAAGGCGCUGUUUGUCUUCAUGGGUCUUUCGUUCUGCCGAGAUGAAGUUCUGUGGCUCGUUCGACACUCGGAAAACAUGCCAAAGAUUAAAACGCCGGAGGACUACAUAGACAACCAGAUGGCAGAGUUGCUGUUCUACAUGGAAGAGCUGAGGGCUCUGUUGAAAAAGUACAACUACGUAGUACAGCGCUACUACGUCCAGUACCUGGCACAGUUUGAUGCUCUGGUUCUCAACGACACCAUACAGAACAUGUACGUGUGUCCAGAGGAGGAAUCGGUCCUGAUGACUUCGUUUGUCUCCUCUCUGUCUUCUCUCUCCGUCAAACAAGUGGAAAACAAAGCGGAAUUUGACUUCCAGGCCCUCAGACUGGACUGGUUUAGAUUACAGGCCUACACCAGCGUGAACAAGGCUCCUCUGCUGAUCAAAGAUUACCCUGACUUAGCGAAGGUGAUGAACGUGAUCCAGUUCCACUCCAGGAUGGUGGACAAUGUAGACCAGCUGCUGCAGGAGACAUCGGACUUGUCCAUUUUCUGCUUCUUUCCGCGUGUCUUUGAGAAGAUGUUUAACCAGAGCAGCGAGGAGGUGACCAUGAAUCGUUACCUCAUGUCCUUUCCUCUGGUCUGUUCCCACUUUAGCCACUGUGGAAAUGCUCUCUGUCCAGAAGAGAUCGACGUAUUGGUGAAAAGGAGUCUGGAGCUGUGUGUGACCUUCUUAGAGCAGAUAGCCAAGCAAACCAGCAACGUGCUGUUAGAGAUAUGUGCUGAGCAGUGCAACCUCCAGGACCAGCUGCUUCCCAAGCACUGCGCCGAGAGCAUCAGUGCUGCUCGUCAUAGGAAGCAGAAGAAGCCGCCACCGAAGAAGGGAGAGGUCCAGAAGGAGAAAGCAGGAGCUGAAAGCCUGAGGAAAGAUCGCACCAUCACCACCAAUUUUGACAAGAUGCAUCUGACGCUGACAGAACUCUGCUCCUCCUACUGUCUGUCCAACGACAUCAUCGUCUUCGACCACACCGUGGUUCCUUCGGAGUUCCUCCUCUCUCAUCUGGAGACCUGCUUCUCUGAGAUUAUCGUGAGAAUGGCUAAUUACAACAAGACCACCCAGGAGAUAGCCCGUCCCUCAGACCUCCUGGCCGGACUCAGAGUCUAUACGACCACCCUGCACAGCCUCUCCAGCUACGUCAACGUGGACGUCAGCCGCUUGGUCAAGACGGUCCUGCUGCAGCAAACACAGCCGGUGGACUCGCGUGGCGCUACCACCAUCACCACCCUCUAUACCAACUGGUAUUUGGAGAGCCUGUUGCGUCAGGCCAGCAGCUCCCUCAUCGUCCACUGUCCUUCCAUGCACUGCUUCAUCAACCAGUUGUCUGAGAAUGAACCAGUCUUCAAAGCAGAGGAGUUUUCAGAUAUAUCAGAACUGGAGGCCCUGGCGGAGCUCAUUGGUCCGUAUGGCCUGAAGUUUCUCAGUGAAAACAUGAUGUGGCACAUCACCUCUCAAAUCAGUGAGAUGAAGAAACUGGUGAUGGAGAACAUGGACAUCCUGGUACAGAUGAAAAGCAACUUUGAUAAACCAGAGGAAAUGGCCAAUCUCAAGAAGAGACUGACAGGCAGUGAGAAUGUGUUGAAGCGGAUGACCAUCAUCGGGGUGAUCUUGUCCUUCAAAUCAAUGGCACUGGAGUGUCUCAGCAAUAUCCUAGAUAAACACUGCCCGUACCUGGCGGGGCCAAUCAAGGGUCUGAGAGACUUCAUCUGCCCUGAUGCUGACAUCAAGGAGACGAUGAACGUGUUCGAGUUGGCGUCUGCGGCAGGGCUGACCUGUGACAUUGACCCUGCCCUCGUGGCAGCUGUCAGCAGCAUGAAGACAGACAACACAUCGGCUGACGAAGAGUACAAGCUGUCCUGUUUGCUGCUCGUCUACGUGGCCGUGUCUCUGCCCAUCUUGGCCCUUGACAACAACUCGUCCUACAGCCGGGAGCAUGGAGGACACAACAACAACAUCCACUGUUUAGCUACGGCCAUCAACCAGCUGGCCGCUGCCAUGUUCACAGUUCAGGGCAAGAACAUCGAGCAGCACCUGAAAGAGUUUCUUCUGAUGGCCUCGUCAACUCUGCUGCAGCUCGGACAAAACGUGGACAAGGUGGAGGUUAAACAUCGAGAAUCCGUCUACCUGCUUCUGCACAUGAUUGUGGAGAAGUCUCCGUUCCUGAGCCAGGACAUGUUGGAGAGCUGCUUCCCGUAUGUUCUGCUCCGAAACGCCUACAGGGAGGUGUACAAGUCCUUCAUCAUCACUCUGGGCUGAUGAACACUUAAAACAACUUAGAAAACGUAACAAUGUUAAUGUGUCAACUAGUUCAGAGUUGUGUCUUUAUCCAGGUCGGUCUUCGCCUCUGUUAUUUAUACGUCCUUCUUACAACAUGCUAAUGAUAGUCCAGGUUUGUGUAAACGCCCGAAUUUAUUUCGAAUAACCUUCAGAUAUUUUUAAUAUCCUGUUUUAAUUUAUAACUUCCAGCGUUUGCACUGAUCAAGAUGCUAAUUAUAGUCUGUUUAUCCUCUUCCUGUUUUGCCCAAAUUUAUCCGCUAUUUUCGGUUUGUUUUCCACAACACUGACCCUGGUUCCCCGUCCCUGGAUGGGAGUCCUAUCCUCUUGAUAUUUCAUGCACAAUUUCAAUGAAUUGCUCAAGUUUCACAGAGAGGAAAGAGAUCCGCGCUAAAAUUAGAUCGCCCAAAAGUAAAAGUGAUUACAACGAUGUUUUGCAACCAGUGCAGUUCAUCCUUCUUUCUAUUCCUCUCGGGAGGUCGGGAGGAUGUCAUCAUAACUCAGAGAGAGAGAUAGAGAGAGAGAGAGAGAGAGUGCGUAGGAGAGUGAGAGAGAGAGUGUGUAUGUGUGUGUGUAGGAGAGGGAAAUUCUAAAAGCAAUUAAUAUAUAACAAAUAAAGGGGAAUAGAAUUUCCACAAAUGUAUCAAAAAGUUGCGUAAUAUUUGGUGCAAAAAUGUAAAGUGAGUGAAAGAAAUUUUUUUCUUUGUUAUAAUAGUGUUAAUUUUGUUGAUUUUUUUUUUUUUUUUUUUUUACAUGAUAUGCAAUUUAAACUGGUUGAGCUGGUUGACGAUAUGUUUGUUUUCUUUUUUCCUUAUACUUAAUGUUUAAACAUUGAUUUUCACACAUAAGC